AUGAAUUCCAAAGUUUACAACGCUCUCUGCGCAGCCUUCGCGCUCGCUUACCUACUCGCCCCAGCGCUCCUAUUCAUCCCUGUGAUGCUAUUGGAAGCUUCUCCUUUGCCCUCUGCAUUUUGCAUGGCCAAACCUGCAAGAAGACGCCCCUCCAUGGCGGGAGUGGGUGCAACCCCAUCUCUUGACGUGAGACCAAACGGCGAGAAUCGAGUCGAAGCUCACGAUACUGUGAUGCGUCAGACAAUCCUUGGCCUUGUGUCAAACUGGGUAGGCUCUUUGUGGUCUACUGGUUCACGAACAACGGGAGAACCCUCAGGUAGCUUGUUGAGUGAGCGCCACGGAGGUAUCCCAGGUCAUAUGUCCGUCGAUGAUUCCUCUUUGGAGGAGGAAGACGUUGUUUGUGUAGGAGAGUCUAGCGUGUUCUUUGGAGUAGGGCUUCGGGAAUAUAUUCCACACCUCCUUCCCUUGGAUGAGUUGGAGCGUGGCAUUGAUACAAUGGUGUUCCCAGUUGACGGCGUAGCUGGUACCUGUGGGGAAACCCAUGCUGAUCUCGACGAGGGUGUGUCGAGUGAGCUUGUAGAUAUAUGCGAUGAAGCUGAGGUCAGCGUACGACUCAAAUUCAUCUGUGAAAGAUUUUUCUCAGAGGGUUUUGCAAAUCCAAGACUCCCUACAAGAUUCCUUGACGCGAUGUUGGAAGAGGAGCUCAACGACUCUGAAAACAAAGGUCAUUGCGACUCAUUGACUGAAGUCGCUGAACCAGAGUGCGGUUUGGUUCCAAAGCCAGUCGAGGAGACUUUUGUCUUUGAACAAGAGUCCGUUCAAACCCCAUCGGGUUUGAAUAAUGCUGGCUUGAAGGAUCCAAAGCCAAAGUUUGGGACAGUAGAAGGUCUUGAUGAGGCGUUCGCUUUAUCUUCUUGGCAGUCAGUGAAUGGUUUUUUUGGCGAAUGUCUCUCCACAGGACUUCCCACACCGAUGGAGAUUGACGAUGACCUGGCUUGGAGUGAAGUCGUAGAAGUCGAAAAUCCCAUGGAGAUUGAUGAUGAUGUUGUCGAGGUAGUGGUGCCUAACGCUAUUUGUGGCGAAAAGCUCGUGGCCCACACCUGCAAUCCGACGGUUGACGAUUUGCAGCACGUCUCCCAGUCUGCAAAGAAGGAUUGCAAUGCGAACAAGAUCCCAACCUGUGUCCCGCAGCAGGUUGUAGACGACAAGAUGGAACACGACAUGACACGAUUGGAUGCGCCCAUCGCUGUUACUGCGCUGAAGCCUCAGAGUCGCGGUACCAAAAAGUCAGGUGGACUGAAAAAGGGCGGAGAGUCACUUCCUGCGUCUGUGUCUGGUCUGCUCGCCGACGGGGCAAAGAAGGUUGGAGAGUGCACUCCUGCGGUUCUAGGACCAAAGGGCCAUUCAAAGACAGCCAAGCCCGCCAGUCAGAGUGGAAAGAAGAAGGCUAAGGACACCGAGGUUGCAACAACGACCGAGAAAGCCUCUGGCUUUCGCGAGAAGCAGCCAAAGGAAACCAAAGCCGAGACUAAGGUCUCCAUGGCUGCAAAGUUGAAAGCGCUGGCUUCCGGCGCUCAUAUGGAGCAGCCAAAGGAUCCCAAGGUUGAAUCUUCCACCAGCGUUGGGAAACCCAAACGUUCUCUUGUCAAGGGCAAGAAAUCGGCAAAGUCUUUCGAUGCGCCAACAAACAACGGUUUGUCGGCCGCCGAAUUCCAGGCAAAGGUAGCAAGAAGAGAAAGCCUAGUUGUGCUUAGCUUUUGGGUUCCAUCGGUUGACUUUGGACCUAAUUGUGAACGAAUGUUGGUCAAGAAACAAAAUUUUGCUUUGGCUUGGUUUCUAAAGCCUGGUACUGCAUCCAGCAGUAGAAAGGUGGUGGAAACAAGAAUAUGGCUUCCAGGAAAUCCCCAGACAGAUAACUCAAGAAUGACAAUGGCUGUAGUCACCCCCUUUGACAUGCAAAGAGGAACAAGCAAAGUACGCCACAGCGUAAUUCAAGUCAUGAACCGGUUCAAAGGUCUGCACAUUAAGAUGCGAUCUGUACGCUUCACCAAGCGGACAUCUUGUCGGUCGGUUGGCCCUGGAGCCAAGCCGAUGCGGUCGGAACCAAAGGUCGAUCCUGAAGCUUCUGGUAAGCUUUAUGGUGACACUGGAAUUCCCAGACCUUUCACAGUACUUUUCCUUGGGACUAUCUGCGUGGUGAUUCACGUUGGGUCACUUGAUUCAAAGGACUGGAUUAUCGUUUCCCUCUGGGAUCGACACCAUGCUCCGCCUGUUAGCUUGGUUCUGAGUCUUGGCUUGGCAUAG